CCGUUCUGAUUUGGACAGGGCUGUCAAACGCUGAACUCCGCUAGCAUGACAAGUAAAGUUAGUUAUCCAUAGUAUGUGUUUAAUUUACUUUGUACAAGAAGAGUAAGGCAUUGAUACGGUGAUAAUUGCAUGUGGUAAAUCUGAAGCAGUUUCUUUUGGGGUGAAUCAAGUUCCUUUGCGGAUGAAUACUUAAAUUAACGAUGUGAGGGCAGGAUAAACUGAGGUCCACUGACACUGGCAGUGAUGUUACAGUGUAGCCCUCCUAAUUAAAAAUGGCAGCAGUACGUGCAGUGAGGGCUCUCUUCAGCCUCCAUCGAUCAGUGAUGUUGCAGCGCAGCGUUGGGCUUGUUCCAAUGCAGUUGGCAUCAGCCUGCCAUCCCAGGAGGCUUUGCAGUGACCCCACAAGAAGUAAUGAGCCAAAGCUGCCAGUGAACCCAGAGAAUACAUCUCUGCUGGAGAACCUCAAUCUCCUGGGAGUAGACGUGAAGAUGGCACGCCAGCGUCAACCUGGGGUGCUUCGUAAAUCCUUCACUAAUGAGCAAGGUCUUGCUCGAUUUUUGCAAGGCAAAGGUGCCAGCCGCAAAGUUAUUGCCAGCAUCAUAUCCCGUUAUCCCCGCUCUAUCACCCGCUCGAUUGAACACUUGGAACAGCGCUGGGAGCUGUGGAGAAAUAUCUUCAAGACUGAUGCAGAAAUUGUGAGCAUCCUGGAUCGCUCCCCUGAGUCUUUCUUCCGGUCCAGUGAUAAUGGGAACUUGGAGAAGAACAUAGCUUUUCUGACCUCGCUGGGACUGAACACCAAAGACCUCCACCGCCUGCUGACAACAGCGCCGCGGACAUUCUCCAACAGUUUAGAGCUCAACAGGCAGAUGGUGGAAUUUCUGGAGGACAUCUGUGCCGAACUCGGCGGGAAGAAUCCAGAGCAGUUUCCUAAAGCCGUCAUAUCCAGAAACCUUUACAUUCUCAUCCGCAGCACAAAGCGAGUGAAGGCAAACAUUGAUAUCCUGAGAAAUUCUCUUAAGUUGAGUGACUCAGACCUGCUUGCUCUCCUUCAAGGCCCUGGGGCAGAAAUUCUGGACCUUUCAAAUAAAUAUCUGGAAAAGAAUUUUAACAGUCUCCAACAGAAGAUGGUUUCACUUGGCUGUCGUAAAGCUGACAUAAAAAAACUAAUCAUCAGCUAUCCAAUGGUUCUGUACAUCGGUCCUGACACGCUGAGCUGUAAACUGGACUGUCUCCUAAAAGGAGGGAUAACAGUGAAGCAGAUACUGGAAAAGCCCAAAGUUUUAGACUACAGCACACAGAACAUUACAGGGCGACUAGAGGAGCUGCAGAGAGUGGGAUAUGACUUUCAGAAGAAUGGCAUCAACAUCUUGGACUCCAGCCGAAAGCGGUUUGAUGCAAAGAUUGAAAGACUUGCUUUCCCACCAGACGACUAAUUGUAACUGUCUGUAUUAUGGUGUUUGGUGCUGCUUAUUUGUUAAUGUAGUAACUAAAAUGUGAUUUCUGACUCCUCUUGUAAUAUUUCAGAUAUCUGGAAGGACCACAACUAACAGUUGUUUCAUUAUUGAUUAAUCUGCUGAGUGCUUUUCUUGAUUCAUCACUGGGUCUCUAAAAUGUCUGAACAGAAAAAAGAAAGCGUCUUCAAAUUGCUUGUUUUUUCCAACCAGUUCAAUUUAGUAUCACAUAAGGCAACAUAAGCAGCAAGUCCUUACAACGGAGCUAGGAAUUUUCUUGGCUUGAACGAUAUUUCAAACAAUCAAUUAUCAACAUGGUUGCUGCUUAAUUUUCCAUGGAUUGACCUAUCGUUUCUCCCUUAAUAUCCAGUAAUUUAUUAACAAGAGUGUUAUUUUUGUAAUACUGCCUUUUCCCUUCCCCUUAAUAUGCACGUGUAAUGCUCUUGAGAAAUUAUUUUGUUUUUCCUGGUCAAAGAGCUAUAAAUUACAUGUUGGGAGAGCUGCUCUUCUAAUUCAUGGUAACAUGCAAUGUUGAAAUAAAAGUGAGAUCCAAAGAAAAAGGCA